GCCCCUUCCGCCGACGCGCCGGCUCCGCCCGUUCCGGCAGCGGCCGCGGGGGGCAGCGGGGAGGAGCGGCAGCACCAUGGGGGUCACCUGCGUGGCGCAGGUGCCCGUGGCCGAGGGCAAGAGCGUGCAGCAGACGGUGGAGAUGCUGACGCGGAAGCUGGAGCUGCUGGGGGCCGAGAAGCAGGGGACGUUCUGCGUGGACUGCGAGACCUACCACACCGCCGCCUCCACCAUCAGCAGCCAGGGGCAGACAGGAAAGCUGAUGUACGUGAUGCACAACUCCGAGUACCCCCUCAGCUGCUUCGCUCUCUUUGAGAACGGCCCGUGCCUCAUAGCAGAUGCCAACUUUGACAUCCUCAUGGUGAAGCUGAAGGGCUUCUUCCAAAAUGCCAAAGCCAACAAGAUAGAGAGCCGGGGCACCCGCUACCAGUACUGUGACUUCUUGGUGAAGGUGGGCACGGUUACCAUGGGGCCCAGUGCCCGUGGGAUAUCUGUGGAGGUGGAGUAUUGCCCCUGUGUGAUAGCCAAUGACUGCUGGAACCUGCUGAUGGAGUUCAUGCAGAGCUUCAUGGGCAGCCACGCUCCCGGCGUCCCGUCCGUGUUCAGCACCAAGCACGACAGUGUCUACGGCCCCGCAGACACCAUGGGGCAGUACAUGGAGCUCUUCAACAAGAUCAGGAAGCAGCAGCAGGUGCCUGUGGCAGGGAUCAGGUGAGAGGACACCUUGGAUCUCUGUUCAUCCUCUUCUACCCACCCAUCUGGAUCAGGAGUCCCUCCAAAAGCAGCGCUGGAGGCAGCCCAAGGGGUUGUUUUCUUCUCGGGCUCUUUCCCCCUGUUCCAAAGCAAAGGUCUCCCGUUUCUUGUUCUCCUUCGUGGUUUUGAGAGUGGCUGGGACUGGGCCCAUGGUUCUGAUGGCUCUUUGAUGCUUCACACAGAGGAUUCCUGUUCCUUGGCAGGAGGGAGAAGCAGAAAUCCCAGCCAAGGGCAGAGUUUCCCUCCCUGCAAACAGCUGCACCACAGACCUUCCUUUAGUUGUCUUUUGUCUUGGCUGUCGAGGAGAAAGUGUCUUGUUAUUUUUUCAUCAAAAUAAUAAUAACACUAAUAAAAAGCUGCCUUUUGUCAGGA